UUCUAUCAACAUUUUAUCCCUCACAAGUCGCGAGUAAGAGACCCUUCUUCGAUUUUAUUCAGCGAAUAUGUUAAUUCGUUUCACAUAAAUUUUUGUCCGUGUAUGUUCCAAUCACCGGACUAACUAUUUGAUUUUGAUUAAUUUACUUAAAUAUUUAUAAGUCAUCAACUUCUAGUUUUAUCAUCACCCGUUUGGCGUUUGCAGUUCAUAUAGUUGGCUGACAUUAAUAUUCUUGAUUAGACACUUAGUUCGUGUUUCAAAUCAAUUGGUCGUUGGUGUUUUAUUACAGUGACAAGAAAAUAACAUGAAGUUCGUAAGAGGAAAGAAACCCCAAAAUGGCCGAGACCGUGGAGGGUAAAUUAUAAAUACCUACUUAUAUGUGUAACUUUUUGUUGUGCUGUGAUUAAACCAAUCCCACUAAAUAAGUGAUUGAAAGUUUAAAAUAAUACCUACCUAUAAUAUGUGUUUUAUUCAAAACGAAUUUGUGAUGGAUUUAGUAAAAUUGUAAUUUCAGACGUUCAAGAGCUUUGCAAUCGGGUCCUCGUAAUCGAUUGCGCCUGGCCGCAGCCAAUAAAGCAGCAAAAGUAAAGCGAUUAAAAGUCGUAAAAAAUCAACCUAGAAGUGGUCGAGUCAACAACAGGAAAAUGUUGGCAAAUAAUAAUAGUAGAGUAGUCAAAAAUACUGUAGUUGAUGCUCGUUUAAAACUUUUGCAAAAGGCAUUACAUAAACCUACACCAAUGGUAGAUGCUAGACAAAAAUUAACAAAACAAAAGGAUGCCCGUGAGAAAAUACAGGAACGCCGUUUACAUUCUUCAGGACACAAUGUAAGUAAUUGGGAAUAAAUAAUUUGUGUACAUCCUUUUAUUCAGAUUUAUCCAUUAUUCCAAAGCAUUUUGAUGGUAAAAUGUAUGAUAUUCGAAUAAAAAUAAUUGGUAUAAAAUAAAUAUUGAUACAGGCUAAUGAUAUGAAUGGAAUGAAUGGAUGGAAAUGAAAUAGGGAGAAGAAUAAAAGAUAAAAAAAACAUACAAAUAAAACUGAAUUAUAAUUCACCAUUUGAUAGUUGCCGCCGAGUAGCUCAAUACCCUAGACAUACUAAAUAUGUUUAAUUUUUAAUGUAAAAAUAAUUUUGAUAUGAAAUUAUGUGUAAAAUAUUUUUAAAAAUGUUCUGAAAACUUGGCAUAAUAUAUAGGUACAUUCAAGAUUAUUAUUUGUCAUAAUUAUAAUAUAUAUAACAUCAUAUGGCAUAAAUUUGAACGAUUUUUAAGCUAUUUCAUUCAUAAAAAAUUCUUUAAUAACAUUCAUUAUUCUUAUGCCAGUUUUUAGGUGUUGAUACUUCUAAUACAAUAUAAGAAAAACUUUUUUUAAAAAUAUUGAUUUUGCUAACUUAAAAUUAAUAUAUAUAGCUGUCUGAAGUUACUCCUCAUUUGUCAUGACGUUCUAUAUUGUCUCUAUCUUCAAUACCUGGAAAUAUGAACAUUCUUUUACUAUUAUGUUGGCGUCUCAUAAAAUUAAUUUUAAACUUGACAUUUUAAUUUUUUUUUAUUUGGCCAACAUAAAAUCUUUUUCAUUCGCUUAGUUGCCAUAAUAAAAUCACCUAUUUCAAAAUGAUUUAAACUUAAAAUACAAUAUUAAUCCCCACGUGAUCUUAUCAUGCGUAUCAUAUUUCCUCUCGCAAUUACAUAUUUUCGUAAUUCCCAUUGUUAUAUUCAAACUUGAAACAAUAAAUAAAAAAUUUAAUUAAAAAUCAAUAACUUGUGUACUUAAAUAUUUAUUUUUAAUUUUUAAUGUUCUAACGUCAACUGUGAAUGAUAUGGACUAAAGUAAUAAGAGUGCACACUUGCUUUUCACAAAGUAGCCACAUUUUAUGACAAAUAUUUGUUUUCUUUGAAUCAAAUAAACUUUCAUAUACAUAUAUUUUCUUAUCAAUUUAUCAACCUUAUUAUAAAGAUUAUUUAUUUGAAUACAUGGAAAGAAAUGUAUUUAAAAAAAAAAUUUUUUUUUUAUGUGUUAACAAAACUAUUGAAAAAAACAUUUAAAGUCCACAGUUACAUCACUGUCCAAACUUUAGCAAUAUAACGGUAUAUAUAUAUAUAUUUAAAAUAUACAAAGAUAUACAAUUAGUAAUUUUAAAAAAUAAAUUUAGUAAAUGGGGUAUUAUAUUACCCCAGGUGAUUGUUAAUUAAGAUUAAAAGGAGUCAUUAUUUGAUGAUAGGUAUCAUAAGUUUUGACUUUGAUGAGUUAUGGAUUGGAAUAAAAAAAUAGAGAAACAAUGAAAAGGUAAUGUGUUUGGGAAUUUAAAAUUGAAUUGGAGAUAAAUUAAUGAACAAUCAAUAGAUUAAAAUGGAAAUAAUUGUAUGAAUAAUCAUGCUCAACAUUAGGUAAUUUUAAUAAAUAAAUACAAAAAAAAGCAAUUUAGGAUGAAUUUUUUUUUUAUGUAUAUUGUUGGCUCUGAACAAUUAAUGUUUAGGCAGGAUAUGUGCAAGCUUACAUUUAAAAUGUGUUUGGCAUCUUUUCUAUAUGAUGCGUCCUGAUUUCUAAUUUUAAAUACAUUUUGUCAUCAUGUUUGGUUGAAAACUAUUCAACACUAUACUUUAUCAAUAGUAACUACAAUUAAUUUAAAAAUAACUGUAGUUUCAUUUAGAAUUUAGAUUUAUAGUUAUUUGUUUGGUUUUACACUAUAAUUAAUUAUGGUUUGCCUAAUUAUUUAAACUUAACCUUACAGUCUAAGCAGUAGUAUAACUAGAAUUGUUUCUAAAUAUAUUAUCUAUAUUAUAUAUCAAUAUAUUAAUAUUAUGUUUGAAGCUACUAAUAAAUUAAUAUCUAGAAACAAAUUUUUAUGUUUAAAAAUAUGAACGUUUUGUAAUUUCUAGUGUUUUCUCGUUGAAUUGUGUAAUACAAUCGAGAAUACCAUAUUAAAACCUUCCUUCUUCUUUAUUUUUCUUGGGUUCAGCCUUUAAGACCAUCCCAUCUAAUACAAUUGUUUCUAAGUUUCCCUUUCAAAAGAUAGUACUUUGCAAUCUUCUCCUGGUUAUUAAAACCUAAGGUUAAACUAGGAUAUAACAUACAUUUUGAUUGAUUAUAAUAUGUUUUUAUUAGACUAUUCGUGAUGUUGGUAUGUUAAGAGGACAAUCGAAUAAUUUAAGUCGUGUAAAAAUUGAUCGCCGCGGUAUUCUUACUGUCAAGUCAAUAUUAGAUGAAAGAGUCCAUCAACAUUAUACUGAUCAAUAUCGAGAUAGACGGCCCGUAAAUCAAGGGCGUUUCAAUGAUCUAGACAGAAGACGUACUAGUAGUAACACAUUCAAUUCAGAUGUGAAUACGUUUAGAAGUAUAACAAUUUCCAUUUAAUAAAAUAAUAAAGUAAAAGCAAAAUUAUUAAAAUGGUUAAUACUCGUAAAUAAAUUAAUAAAUGUGUUGUAUCGCUUGGAAUAUUAUGAUAAGUGUAAUAUACGACCAGUUUCAAAUUAAAAAUUCAUCAUCAGGUAUAUCACAGUCGAAAUGUAAAAAUGUAAAUGUGAGUCGUAUUAUACAUUUUGACUGUGAUUUACCUAAUAAUGAAUUUUUAAUUUGAAACCAGUCGUAUAAUACACUUAUAAUACUCCAAGCAACUCAUUUAUUAAUUAAUUCAUUUUUUAUUUUUAAAUAUAAAUAUUUUUUUUACAUAUUUAUUUACUAUAUUUAAUUUCUAUUUGCUUUUGUUAUUGACUAUGUGCUUAAACACAUUUUAUUGAUUAAUAGGCGAUAGAUCUAUUGAGGAUGUUAGGCCAUUGAGACGUGAUGCAAGGAUGCCAAGAAACCCGGUAUCAAAUUCACAGACUAUACGACGACCAUCAGAUCGUCCUAUAAGGACCAUGAGAGUUAAUGAUAAACCAUAUCAUAGACCAAUGGCAGCAAUGGACUUUGAAGAUGCAAUGGAUUGGGAAGAACCUAACAGAUAUUCACCAAGCCCAGUAAAUUGAAUUCAAUUUUAUGAUUUUAAUUAUCAUUUCUGAAUGAAUUGAAAUAUAUGGUUAAUAUUUUAGUUAAUGAGAAGAAAUUUGGGAAACACGAUUUUCAAUCGUGCUGAUGAAUAUCAUGAUGAUUUAUCAGAUCGAAAUGGAAGGUAAAAUAUUAAAGUUAUUGUUAAUUAAAAAUAAUAUAUUAAUUCUUUUAAAUAUAACUAAUAAUAAACUGUCCGAAUGUACCAACAACUAGGUAAUAUUAUUAUUAAUAUUAGCUAAAUUCAGUUUUAUUUAUUUUGAAAUAGCAUUAAAUUAAAUUAAACUUUAAUAUUAAGCAAUAGCUUAAUUGAGAAAAUAAUGUUGAUUUUUUUUAUAGAAAUCAUAGAGGAAUAAGUGAAACACUACGUUCAAGAUUAGAUUCUCAUCAAAUGGCAGCUAUUGCAGCUAAACGUGUGUGUCCAGUUGGUCAUAAAAUUGUUAUAUCUAAUUUAGAACCAUCUGUUACAUCUGAAGAUAUAAGAGUAUAUAUUGCAAAGUUAUUUUCAAACUGUUUUCUAUAUUUAAAUUUUUAACUUUUUUUUCUAGGAACUUUUUGCUGACAUUGGCGAUUUAUUUGAAUCUAGAGUAGUUCGGCCAGGUGUUGCAGAAGUUAUAUAUGAGCGUCGCGCUGAUGCUAUCCAGGCAGUAGAUGUAUAUCAUAAUAGACAGCUCGACGGAAGACCUAUGAAAUGUGACAUGGUGAGGAAUCCUAGUACUAGCACUGGAUCAAUAUUAUCUGGGUAAUUUAUAUUACUACAAAAAAAAAAUUGCCCUUGUGCUUACAUUUUCUAAUCACAAUAUGUUUUUAAUCAUAAUUGUGGAAACAAAUUAAUGUAAAGUUUAUUUUUUUUUUUUUCUUAGCGCUAAUCGUAGAAUGCCGUCACGCAGUGCUGAUAUAUUUAAACCUUCAGCAUAUAUCACAUACGAUAUAGAUGCUGUACACACUGCGUUAUUUAAUAAAUAGUUUUCCAAUACAAUAAUGAACAAUUUAGUGUACUUAAAUUAUUUAAAUAAUGAAAUAAAACUUUUUCCCCUGAAACUACAUUUAUUUAAACAAGUAACAUUAAUGAACUAGGGAUUACAAAUAUAGACUUGCACAAUUUAAGAAUGUGUUAUAAUUUAUGAUGUAGCUUUUUUUAUUGACUAUCCAUGUAAUAUAUAAUUAUUUUACCACAAUCUCUAGACUGGUUUUUUUUUUUUAUAAAAGUAUGUGUUAAAAUUUAAUUUGCCAAUGUUACAUUGCUUCAGUGUAAUAUAAAAACUAAAAAUUAAUGAAAUUAUUUUUAUUUGAGUAUCUAAUUUAAGUACAUUAAAUUGUUAACCAUGAUUAUUUCAUUGGUUUAUUUUUCAUAUAAUAGUAAAGUUACUCGUUGUUAAUAAAAAAAAAAAUUAAAUAUUUUAUUUUUAUUAUAACAUUAUAAAUUUUUUUUUUGUCUUAAAUUAUAACACAGGAGUUAAUGGCAAUAAACAUUAAUGUUUUCUAACACGCAUAAAGAAUUAUUAAAGUCACAAUCUUUGGUUUGUUUUUAUAGUAUGUAUGUAUGUAUACAUAGUUUUAAUUAAUAUUGAGUUUAAUCCAUAUGAUAUAAAAAUCUCAAAGGAAUACAUGUUAUUUAAAUAUAUUGAUCUACUAGCCUAUUAAAAAAUGAAGUGGAUAAAACUCAUAUUAAAACAUAUUCGAUUUUCAUUAGUCUGUAUAAUUUUAAGAUUUCAAAAUUAUUAACAUUUUAUUAUGUAAUUUAGUGUUUGAUUUAUUAAAAAAAUUGUAAUGAAUAAUGAUUAGAUUAAAAUUAAUUUUGUGCAUUAAUUUUAGCAGAUUAAUAUGUUCAGUUGAAUUUAUGUUAACAUCCUUUUUUUUUUUUUUUUUUUUUACUUACAAAGUGAACAAUUUUUUUUUGGUUUCAUUAAUAAAUAUUGAAAAUUUUGAAAAUCAUUAUGCAGUAAAUUGUCUAUAUAGAUUUGAAAAAUAUUGUUUAUAAAAUAUAUUAUUACAGUGAAUACAUUUUAGAGUAGUCUUGUUAAUUUCAGUAAUAAAUUAAUUGUAGACUGUUCUUAAACUACAAG